AUGAAACGCACUCUAACGAAAUAUGAACGUGUAUUGGACGAAAAAGAAAACAAGCGCCUUCAAACAAAGAGCACGCGUUCUUACAAUUGUUUGUACAAACGCAGUUCGUCUAAGAUUCGAAUUAUGAAUUCGAAUCGACAUGUACUGCGUCCGACACAUAAUCGACUCCCGCUAACUGAUGUUUCAUCAGAUAAAAUCUUUGCUUCGAACAAAACCAAACUAUGUACAAGUGCAGCUUAUCAACAACAAGAAAACUGUAUUUCAGCUGGUACACGGCCCAUUCUAACUGCAACACGUUCAAUAAAAAAGCUUCUGAAAGAAAACCAUGAUGAAAAUCAAAUGCUCAUUUCACCAUUGGUUACAACUAUCAAUAAAGCGAAUGUUGUUCAAAUUCAAAAGCAACCAGUGUGUCAAAAGAAUAAGACUCGCGAACAGCUCGAACAAGAAUUAUUCGAAUUACCUGAUUAUCGUCAAUCAAUUUUCGAGCAUUUGAAAGCUGUUGAACAUGUUUAUGCCCCAAAAAUGAACUUUAUGGAACAUCAGUCGGACAUUAAUUCGGCAAUGCGUACUAUCCUUGUUGACUGGCUCGUUGAAGUAGCUGAUGAAUACAAAUUAAAUGAUGAAACACUUUUCCUUUGUAUUCAAUAUAUUGAUCGAUUUCUAUCGACAGUGAAUGUCACUCGAUCCAAAUUACAACUACUUGGUACAACAUGUAUGUAUGUUGCCUCCAAAUAUGAAGAAAUGUAUCCACCAGCAUUGGAAGAAUUUUCGUUCAUUACGGACAAUACCUACGAAACAAAACAUAUACUUCGUAUGGAACAAAUUCUUAUGAAGAUGCUCAAUUUUUCGAUUUCGGGUCCGACUUAUUAUACAUUUAUGCAAUAUUAUUUAACAUGUCUCAAAUCCAUGAACGAGCAUGAUAAUGAAUAUAAAUGCUUAAGUUUGUUAACCAAUUAUUUGUGUACAUUAGUACUUUUACAAGAUCGUCCGUUCUCAUCGUAUCGUUCAUCAAUGACAGCAGCUGCUUGUUUGUUCUACGCUAAUCGUCUCUUGAAUAAAGAUGCAACAUGGAACAAUUGUCAUAUUCAGACCACAUCGUAUACACAACGCGAUUUAACCGAAUGUGUUGCAGCGAUUGAUGAUUUAUAUAGUAAAACAUAUCGUCAAGAUCGAACAACAUCAAGUGUUCUUCGACGUUACCUAAAAUCGAAAAAAGGCAAUGAGGAUUAUGAAUGUCGGUUUCGAAGCUUAAUUCAUCACGCUCCAUCAACAUUUAUUGAUCACGAUGAUGAUGAUGACGACGACGGCGAAAUACUUGAUUUAACAUUAGAUGAUUUUGAUGAAGAAAAUAUGAGUAUGGAACAUCAUCGAUAA